GGGCUGCUUUCUACAGGACAAACUGUAUGUGGACUGGGAAGGACAGCUGUCAGGGAAACCCAUUACUCAUUGGCUGAAAGCUGCUGAUCCUAUCAGAAUAUGUAAUAUUGCGUUCUGUUGACUGAGAGCACAUGCGGAUUUCCGAUAGCAUGAUACAGAGGAAAGGGGAGGAGGACAGUAUGUGCAUGAGCGAGGGAUAAAUGCGGAGGGAAAGAGAGUGAGAUAGAGAGAAGGGGUUAGAUAUCAUCCGCGUCACAGCAGCAGAUUGCAGGCAGAGCAGAGAGGAUAUAGACAACCAGAGCACUCAGUCAUUAGACGCUGAAGCAGGAAUAGGGCAUUGGGGAAAUACACCGGGUGUGUGUGCAUGAGAGCAGAGCUAACAGUACAGCGUGAAGCAGCUUUGGAUCACAGUGUGCCAUUGAUGAUAAGAGUUGGGAAGAAUGAGUCUUGACCCUGUUCAGGUCAUGAAGGGGCAAGAGCCUAUGCCCAACACUUGCCCAUCGGCCUCAAACGGGGAUACCAAAGCAUCCUGGGAGGACAGCAACAAGGAUAUGCUUGAAAAUGUUGGUUCCAAGAAGCCCAAAUCAGGACCUGUGAGACGGGCCAGGAAGGUGGAGGGAGGCAUAUUUUUUCCCAAACCAGAAAACGCAGUGACCAUAGCCGUGUCUUCCCGAGUUAUGUUCCGCACAGAGAAAGAGCAGAAGGUGUUUGAGCAGAAAGGCAUCGAGGAGUACCUCAGGUAUCAGGUGGAGCACGAGAAUGAGCCCUUUGCUCCUGGCCCAGCAUUCCCAUUUGUCAAGGCUCUGGAGGCAGUAAACACCCGGUUGAGGGAGCUCUAUCCAGAAAGCGAGGAGCUUUUUGACAUUGUGCUGGUAACUUACAACCAUGCCCAUGUUGGCGUCAGACUCAUCAACACCAUCAAUUACCACAAUCUAUUCAUCGAGCGGUUCUGCAUGACGGGAGGCAGUAGCCCCAUUGGGUACCUGAAAGCGUUUCAUACAAACUUGUAUUUGUCUGCCGAUGCCGAAAAGGUUCAGGAGGCCCUCUCUGAAGGAAUUGCAGCAGCCACCAUGUUUAUGCCAGAAAAACAGAUCGAGGUGUCCGAGACGCAGCUGAGAGUGGCAUUUGAUGGCGAUGCCGUUCUCUUUUCUGAUGAGUCUGAGCGCAUUUUUAAAGCCCACGGCCUGGACAAGUUCUUCGAGCAUGAGAGGGAAAAUGAAAACAGAUUGCUGGAUCAUGGGCCACUGAAGGGUUUUCUGGAAGUGCUCGGGAAGCUUCAGAAGAAAUUCUACGCUAAAGGCCACCGUUUGGACUGUCCCAUUCGCACCUACCUCGUGACGGCCCGCAGCGCAGCCAGCUCAGGCAUCCGCGCCUUAAAGACUCUCCGUGCCUGGGGACUCGAAACAGACGAGGCUCUUUUCCUGGCCGGGGCUCCAAAAGGCCCCAUGCUGGAGAAAAUCCGGCCCCACAUAUACUUUGAUGACCAGAUGUUCCAUGUGGAGGGAGCCGUGGAAAUGGGUGCCAUCGCUGCCCACGUGCCCUAUGGGAUUGCACAGAAAUACCCGCAUAAAAAAAGCAGCAAUACAGCAAAAUAGCAAAAUAGAGACAUUCAAAUUGCAGACUUUUUAUUUUUAUUUUAUAAACUCGGUUUGGAUCAGGAUCGCAGUGUAUUCUCUUCGCCUUUUUUUCCAUGUGACCUAAACAAGGCUACAUACAACAUGUAACUUAAAGACUACAGUAAUUUAUAGUAGCAUUUUUGAACCAUACUAUAGUAACGUGAUUUAAACUGUAUAUAAUAUUGUAUUUACAACACUUUGUGAAAGAAAGCUACAGCAUGAUGUAGUAUUAACUAUAGUGAACUGCUAACUGUAGUAAAUACUGUACUCUACAUUUGUUUUUACAACAGUAUACUGUGGUGUAUUGUAUUAUAAUGUACCUUAUAGUUGUACAAAAUUUCAUUAUUAAGUGAUUUCUUAAUAUUAUUAUAUGUUGUGUUAUUAUAGCAACUAUAUAUUUACCACAACAGAUUGUUUUAAAUACUGUACUACAGUGUGGUUCAAAAACUCUAUAAAGUUUAUUUUAAAAUACAAUCCUACUAUAUAUUAGGUGGCCUACUACUUGGAUCAAAAACAUAAAUACAAUGUACUUACUGUGUUCAUAAUGCAUUUCAGAACACUUGAGGUGGGAUUUGGGUAGGGUUAGAGACAGGUUUGCGUGUAUGGGUAGGUUUAAUGGUGGGUUAGGGUGUAAGGAAUGGGAGAGGGGUCUGGAUGCAGACCUGGUGCAGUGCAAUCUGAGCUGCAUCCAAUGCUUUUUAAUGGGCUCACCUAACCCUACCCCUCACAGUGACUUCACUCGCUCCAUUUGAGUGCAUUGUGUCUGACAAUGUAUCACUGAGUGAUGCAAUCUCAGCUUGCAUCAUAAAGGCUGCAUCCAGAUACUAUUGAGGAAUGGUCAACAGUGUAAUUAAAGAUGUAAUUAAGAAAUAAAAAUUGCAGAAAUUAAUUGCAGAUGUAAUGUCAGUGGAUAUUAGUUAACGCCACCUAAUAUAAAGUGAGACCUUAAUUACUAUAGGAUUUUUUCAUUUGGGUUAACCCAAUGUGACUCUUGAAAUAUGCAUUAUGAAUGACCAACGUGCCUCUGGUGAAGCACUGCGACUAAUGGUCAUUUUCAUAUAGGCAUACACUUUUCUAUGAUAUUUCAUGGAAAUACAACCCCAAAUCAGAAAAAGUUGGAGCAUUAUGGAAAAAACACAAAUAAAAAAGAAAGUAGUGAUUUCUAAAUUAACUUUGACUUGUAU